AUGCCAAUCUUUGUCAAAGAAGUUUCUAUAGCAGCUAGGAGAAGAGAUGCACACAAGAAUGGCCACUUUGUUGUCAGACAGAAUAACUUACCUGAAGCUCAAAGCUGGACUUUAGAAGGCUGGCUCACAACUUGGGGCAAUGCCAUAAGUGGUUCCAACCCACCUGCACUGCCGCUGGUAAUCACGAAACCGGACACAACAGCUAGGUUAAUAGCAAACAACGAGGAUGUGUUAACGAGGCAGAAGCUGAUGGCAGGGAGCUGCAACUACUGGCUUUAA